AUGGGGUCGCGCGACGUCACGGGUAGGCUGCGCCAGGGAGUCUGGAAUGGGUCUAUUCCGCUGGAGAUCCGGCUGCACAAGGACGAUUGCAGGACGUAUGAUGAGUCGGAUCCUUACUUGAUUCAGUUCCCGAGACUGAGUUACUUGGGCCUGCUGAUACACAAGCUGCAUCGCUUCUACGAAAACAACUUGAUCUAUCCGGAUGUCUCGCCCGCGGAUGCGUGGUUAGAGUACGAAGGUGUGCCCUUGAAAUGGCAUUACCCGCUCGGCCUGCUCUACGACCUGUACUCAGGAGCGGAACCAUACUACCCCUCCAACGGGACAGCGAACCAGGAAGGCUCCGGAGCAGAUGAUGAAGGGCAAAACAGCAUACCAUGGAAGUUAACGGUCCACUUCUCCGACUACCCUGUCGAGCAUCUCGUCAAGCUUGACUCCGAGGGCAGACACCUCCACGACCUCUUCAUCCAUAGCGUUAAGGAGGCUGACUAUCUCCGCACUGGUACCGGCAAGACCGUCAUGUUCCUCAGCCAAGCCGACUCUACCCAGCUCUGGGAAUCUGUCAAGUCGCAUGACUUCACGCUCUUCAACCCUAUCAACCAGAAGCUGUUGAAUCCACAAGGGGCUAACCUGCGGCAUCUGCCCGUCAAGCUUUACCUGCCGCAUGCGGCUUCACCAGGGAUGGAGAAGGAGACCACACCGGGGUCGUUGAGAGUGGUACAGUCGUUGAUCACGCCCGCGCUUUCUUCUCGACAUCCCCAAACAAUAGGCACAGCACUUAACCACAUCAUACCGAGCCUUUUCCCCAGCAGACGGAGUCCGCUGCUAGCUCAAGCGGUAUUGCAUGGUGCCGUCCUUCCUUUGAGCGCUAGUGUAGAGGACUUAGUGCGGGCUACUGCGUACCUAGAUGGCUGGCUCCACAUUGGCAUAGUGAUGAUGGCGUAA